AUGUCUGAAUAGCAUUUGCAGGAGAAUAAAUUUACUUAUGUAAAUAUUUUGUAGCUAACUAUCUAUAGAGUUCAAAUCUUGUGAUUCAGAGAGAAUCUGGACCAAGGACUGAUGAGCCAACAGGUGAGCCUGAAUCAUUAGUUGGAAAGAUCAACCCAAGAAUGAUGGGUACAAAAGCUGUGAAAGAUAAACCAGUGAAGAGUAAGAGAGAGCAGAGUUUAAAUUUGGGAAAGCAAGUGAACAUGGAAAUAGAGGAAGGAGUUGGAAUGCCAACUUAUGAAAAUCUAUUGUACAUUCCAAAAACAAAGGACAAUAGAUUACACUAUGAGCGAUUAUUGUCCAUUGUUUAUGGCCUAUUUUAGGAAUAAUCAUAAGAUGUGAUAAAAUCUAUAGUUGAUGAAGUAUUGGCGAUAAUGAAAAAUGAUAACUUGAAAGACUCUGAGAAGAGAUAGGAAGUAGAAGCAAUAAUUGGAAAGUUGACAAAUGAGUUAUUUUCAGAUAUAGUGUUAUCAAGUAAAGCAAUUACUGAUUAUAAUCCUGAAAUAACUCAAGGAAAUACAGAUGAGAUGCAAUUGCCAUUGAAUUUGGAAGAAGAGCAAGAUUCAAGCGACAUGGAGGAAAUAAUAGAAGAAGAAGACGAUUCUUAAGAAUAGAAUGAAUAAACUAUCAAGGCAAAAGUUUAGGUUGAGGAGACAAGAAACAAAGUAGUUGAUAUAGAUGGAUUUUGGUUAUAGCGGGAAUUGCAGAAAAUCUAUUAAGACCCUAUUGUUGCAUAAUAAAUGGAAUAGACAGUCUUGGACAUUUUGAAAUUACAGACUGAUAUUGAAUGUGAAAAUUAAUUGGUUUCAUUGUUUGGCUAGGAUCGCUUUGAUCUUAUCAGAUUAUUACAUGCCAACAGACAUAAGAUAUUUUAUUGUACUCUAUUAAGCAAAGCUUAGAGUGCUGAGUAAGUAGAACAAAUCCAUUCUCAAAUGAGAUAGACAUAAGAGGGUCUCUAAAUUUUAAUGGAAUUAUAGAAAAAGAAGAAAAAUGAUGCUUAAUUUUAAAUAAUUUAGGAGGAAAACGAGAAAUAAUAUUAUGAGUCUAUAAAUAUUACUGAUCAAGAUCUUUAAGGACUUUCCAAAAAGAUUGUCGAUCUAGAGUAAUUACAGUUUGUAUCUCAGGGACAUUUAAUGUCAAAUGAGAAAUGUCAUUUGCCUCCUCAUUCUUUCAAAGUAACAAAGAAAGGAUAUGAAGAAAUAUACAUUCCUGCCCCAAAGCCUAAUGUUCAUAAGGACAACUUGGUAUAAAUAGGUGAGUUACCUGAGUUUGCUUAACAAGCAUUCCGAGGAUUCAAAGAACUCAAUACUAUUUAAAGUGUAGUUUAUUAAAAGGCAUUAUUAAGUAAUGAGAAUAUGCUAAUUUGUGCUCCCACUGGGGCUGGUAAAACUAAUAUUGCACUUUUAACAAUGUUAUAAACUAUUGGUGAAUAUUAUCAAAAUGGUAUUGUGGAUAUUUAGAAAUUUAAAAUUAUUUACAUUGCACCUAUGAAAGCAUUAGUAAAUGAAAUGGUACACAAUUUCCAAAAUAGAUUAGAACCUUAUAACAUUAAAGUUGCUGAGGUUACUGGAGAUACUCACUUAACUAAGCAUUAGUUGAAUACUAUCUAAGUGUUGAUAGCCACACCAGAGAAAUGGGAUAUUUUAACAAGAAAGAUUUAACAAAAUGAUUUUAUAUCACUAGUAAGGUUAGUCAUCAUUGAUGAAAUUCAUUUAUUACAUGAUAGUAGAGGGCCAGUUAUUGAAUCAAUAAUUGCAAGAUAAUUGAAAUUAAUGGAAGAAAGACAAGAAGUAGUAAGAAUUGUGGGAUUAUCAGCAACACUACCAAAUUAUUCAGAUGUGGCAACCUUUAUUAGGGUCAAAUAGAGUGGAGUGUUCUUUUUUGAUAAUUCCUAUAGACCAGUUCCAUUAUAAUAAUAAUAUAUUGGAAUCAAUGAAAAGAAACCAAUUAGAAGAAUGUUAUUAACCAAUGAAAUUUUAUAUGAGAAAGUCAUUGAAAGAAUUACUAAGUCAUAAAUCUUAGUUUUUGUGCACUCUAGAAAAGAAACAGUAAAGACUGCUAAAACACUUAAGGAAAUGGCAUUUUCAAAAGAUGAAUUAUCUAAAUUUAUCAGAGAAGAAAGUUCUUCAAAGAAGAUCCUUGAGACAGUAAUUGCAUAAGAAGAUAUCAAAUCAGCUGAUCUCAAAGAGUUGUUAGCUAGUGGAAUAGCUAUCCAUCAUGCUGGUUUAUGCAGAGGAGAUAGAGAUUUAGUUGAAAGUCUCUUUGAAAAGAAGAAUAUACAGAUUUUGAUAUCUACAUCUACUUUAGCAUGGGGUGUGAAUCUUCCUGCUCAUACAGUUAUCAUAAAAGGAACACAAAUUUAUUCACCAGAAUAAGGAAAAUGGAUAGAGUUAAGUCCUUAAGAUAUUUUAUAAAUGAUGGGUAGAGCUGGUAGACCUAGAUAUGAUACAUCUGGGGAGGGGAUAAUAUUGACAACAUAUUAAGAACUUAAAUAUUACUUAUCAUUAUUGAAUGUCCAAUUACCAAUAGAAUCCUAAUUUGUAUCUUAAUUAGCUGAUCAAUUAAAUGCUGAAGUUGCCUAAGGUAAUAUCAAGAAUCUGAAGGAUGGAGUAAAUUGGUUAGGAUAUACUUAUUUAUAUGUAAGAAUGCUUAGAAAUCCUUAAUUGUAUAAUAUUCCAGACUAUAGUAAUGAUUAGGCAUUAAUAAAAUAUCGUGCUGAUCUAAUUCAUUCUGCAUGUUUAUUAUUAGAUAAAAAUAGUUUGGUGACUUAUGAUAAGAAGACUGGAAAUAUCGAGAGUACUAUCCUUGGUAAGAUUGCUAGUAACUAUUACAUUAAAUAUCCAAGUAUGCAAGUUUACAAUCAGCAUUUAAAAUAGAAUAUGGGUAUGAUUGACAUUUUCAAAGUAUUUUCAUUAUCACAUGAAUUCAAAUUGAUUCCAAUUAGAGAAGAGGAAAAGAUGGAGUUGUAAAAACUAAUGAUGAGUGUACCUGUUCCAAUAAAAGGAUCCCCUGAGGAUUCAACAACAAAGAUCAAUGUAUUGUUGUAAGCUUACAUAAGCAGAUUGAAAUUAGAGGGAUAUGCUUUGAAUUCAGACAUGGUUUAUAUUACUUAGAGUGCUGGUAGAAUAAUGAGAGCAUUGUAUGAAAUCUGUUUACAGAAAGAAUGGGCUUAGAGUGCAUUGCAAUGUUUAUAAUUAUCUAAGAUGAUCGAGAAAAGAAUGUGGAGUUGCAUGACUCCACUUAGAUAAUUUAAAGGAUUACCAGAUGAUUUAUUAAGAAGAAUAGAAAAGAAGGAAGGAAUUACAUGGGAUCACUUAUAUGCGAUGUCAUCAUAAUAAUUAGGAGAACUCAUUAGAUAUUAGAAUUAGAAUAUGACAAAGUUGAUUCACAAAUAUAUUCACAAAUUCCCUAAGAUCGAAAUCUAAGCAUUUGCCUAGCCUAUAACUAGAUCCUGUUUGAGAAUAGAUCUUCAUUUGAGUUGCGAUUUCUAAUGGGAUGAGAAGAUUCAUGGUAGAUAGGAACCAUUCCAUAUCUUUGUAUUGGAUUCAGAUGGAGAGAAAAUAUUGUAUCAUGAAAUGUUCUUAAUGAAACAGAAGAAUUAAGAAAUGGAGUUCACUUUGACAGUUGCGUUAUUCGAAGUAAUGCAUCCAAUCUACUAUAUCAAAGUGAUAUCAGACAAAUGGAUAUCAUGUGAAAGUGAAUAGCCAAUUCCAUUUAAAAAUCUCAUCUUACCAGAACCAUUUAAUAGAUGCACCGACUUAUUAUAACUAACACUAUUGUCAAUUGAUUAAAUCAAGCAUCAAUAGAUUGAGAAUAUAUUGGCCAAAAAGAUAUUAUAGAAUAGGUAUUUCGAUUAGAUUCAAACUUAAGUGUUCUAACAGAUAUAUUAAUCAAAUGACAAUAUCUUCAUUGGAUCAUCCACUUAUUAAUCUAAGAAUAUACUCCCUAUUUUAGCUAUUCUGUAAAUGAUUAACAUUUAGAAAGGAUAUAAGGCUAUAUAUGUUUCAUCAAUCUAAACUAAUUGCGAUAUCAAGUACAAUUAAUUCCUUUAAAUAUUCAAUAAAACUAUGUCUUUAAAAGUAGGAAAAUUGACUGGACAAACUUAAAGUGACAAUAAAAUCUUAGAGUAGUGUGAUAUCAUAGUCUCAAAUGCCAUUAAUUGGGAUAUCAUUAGUAGAAGAUGGAGAGCCAAAAAAGGAUUCAAAGAUAUCAGAGUAUUUAUUGCUGAUGAUUUACAUACUCUUGGAUAAUCUGGCAGUGUAUUAGAAGUGAUAGUAUCAAGAAUGAGAAUGAUUUCAAUGGAAAUUCCAUUCAGAGUAGUUGGAUUGUCUUUAUCCGUAGCUGAUUAUAAGGAAAUGAGUGAAUGGAUUGGAAGCAAACACACUUUCAAUUUUCAACCUAUUGUUAGACCUAACAAUAUUCAAAUACAAAUUUCAUCAUUUGAUCAAUGUCAGAGACCUUUGAGGAUUCAAGCGAUGAUCAAAUAAUUAAAGACUAAUAUUUCAAAUACAGAUUUAAAUAUCAUCUAUGUAUCUGAUCGCAAACUAGCUAGAGUAUGUGCUUUAGAACUUAUGAUUAACAAUAAUAAUUCAUUAUCAGGUUUUUCAAUCAAAGAGGAUUAAUAUCUUUAACAUACACUCCAAGCAUCAGUUGGAUUUCUAUAUGAAUGUAUGGAUCCUUAAGAUGAGGGUGAAGUUCUCAGGUUUAUAUCUUCUGGAGAAUUAAGAGUUGUUGUGGUCACCUACAAAUUAGCAUUGUACUAUAAUCUUAAAGGAAAGGUCUUUAUUUUGGAUAACUAAAAAUAUGAUGGAAUAGACAAGAGAUAUGUUGAUUAUACAAUUGCUGAGAUGCUAGAAAUGAUUGAAAGUACUACUUCUUAAUGUCAUGUAUUUACCUAUAGUCCAAAGAAGGAAUACUAUAAGAAAUUCCUAUAUGAACCAAUGCCAAUAGAAUCUCAUCUUAAUCAUAAUUUAGCUAAUCAUUUGAAUGCUGAAAUCGUUGCCAAAAAUAUUCACAAUACAUAAGAUUGCAUCGAUUGGAUCACCUGGACUUUUAUGUACAGAAGACUAACCUAAAAUCCAAAUUAUUACAGUUUACAUGAGAUUAAUGGAGUAGCCAUUAAUAAUUAUUUAAGUGAACUAAUUGAAACCACUAUUGAUGAAUUACAUGAGAGUAAAUGCAUAGCUGUUGAAGAGGAUAAUGAGCUAGAAGCUAUUAAUUCUGGUAUUAUUGCCAACUAUUACUAUAUUAAUAUUGAAACAGUCAAGAACUUUUCAGAGAAGAUUAAUGCCAAUAGCAAACUAAGAGAUUUACUAUUUAUCUUAUCUGAAGCUAAAGAGUUUGAAAUCUUGAAUAUUAGAAAUGGAGAGGAGAUUCUCUUGGCUUAAUUACUUUAGAAGAUACCUUUCUAACCUACCAAUGUAAAACUAAAUGAACCUAAUACAAAAGCACUGAUUUUAUUAUAAGCUCAUUUCAGCAGAAUCAAAUUGAAUUCUGAUUUGAAGUCUGAUUUAACUAUUUUAGAAUUGGCAAUCAGAUUAAGUACUGCAAUGGUUGAUAUUGCUUCCUCAAAUCUUUGGUUAAAGCCUGCUAUUUUAUCAAUGCAAAUCUGCUAGAUGAUUGUUUAAAGUCUUUGGAAGGAUGAUGACAGUGUAUUAUUGCAAUUACCUCAUUUUAAUAAAAAUACAAUUGAACAAUUAAAAUCAAUGAAGGUAUCUGAUUGGGCUGAUUUCUUUGAUAUGGAUGAGUCUGAUAGAACUCAAGUUUUAAGUCAAUUCACAUAAUAACAAAUUGAUGACAUCGCCUAAGCUGGCAACAGGUAUAUUAUUUAUUUAUAGUAGAUUACCUUCUGUUGAAAUCUCAGAUAUUAUUGCUGAAGAGGAAAUUGUGCAAGGAGAUAUCUUCCAUGUUUAAGUAGUCUUAAGCAGACAAGAUAACAUUUAUACAGAUUAUGUGAUAGCUCCCCAUUAUCCAAAAUAGAAGGAAGAGUAAUGGUGGGUUUUAUGCGCUGAUAGGAACACCAAUAGGCUAUUUGGAAACAAGAAGGUCUCCUUUUAAUAGAGCAUUAAAGUUGAUCUUAGAUUUUAAGCACCUGAAGCUGGAGAUUAUGAUUUAACUAUAUAUGCCAUUUGUGAUUCCUAUAUGGGUGUAGAUACAACAUCAUAAUUCUAAUUGAAGGUCAAUCCUAUCAUUGAAUAAGAGUAAGAAUAAUGA